CACAGAAGGGGUGAGAAAUCUAGGGUCUUUAAACUUUAGCCAGCUCCUGUCAGUCACUGAGGGCUGCUCCCAGGGGCAUCCGUUCUCUGGUACUUGCGGCUUACCCUGAACAGGUGCAGAAUGGGCCCCAUGCCAAGCAAGCCCCCAGGUAGAGAUGCAGGUGUUGGCGUGUGGAAGUUAGGCUGGGCGUGUGCUGUUGCGGUGAGAGCUGAUGAGAUAGUUAGCACAGCACCCCUAGUGUCUGCUAGGCCUGGGGACCCUGGGACCUAGAGCUUGAGGCAAAAGCUUAUGUGGUAUUAUUUUUUUAGGAAGUGCAAUUCCAGGAAGCAGAAGUGAAGGAAAAGGGGAUUGAGGAGAGAUGGAGACGAAGUCAGUUCAAGCGUGCAUUUCCAGGCUGGCCACCCCUUGGUAACAAGGACAGCUGAUUGCUUGGUUUCCUUAAGCUGUCUCCCUGGAGGAGGUAUAAGGUGCCACACCCCAGGACAGCCACCUAAAUGAGGAGAGGAGAGGAUCUACUCCUCAGCGCCUUUGUCUCCCUGGUGAAAGGUCUGCCCCGUGGUACGUCAGCUCCACCAGAUGUGCAGAUGGUGCACGUGUGGGCAUCAGAGGUCAACCUGAAUCAACAUGUCUGGGACUGAAGAAGCAAUUCUUAGCGGCCGUGACAGCCAUCCUGCUGGUGGCAACUCUGUAUUAUGCUUUGGUCAGUACCAAUACACAGCAGAAGAGUACCAGGCCAUCCAGAAUGCUCUGAGGCAGAGGCUGGGCCCAGAAUACAUAAGUAGCCGCAUGGCUGGAGGAGGCCAGAAGGUGUGUUACAUCGAGGGUCACAGGGUAAUUAAUCUGGCCAAUGAGAUGUUUGGCUACAAUGGCUGGGCACACUCUAUCACACAGCAGAACGUGGAUUUUGUUGACCUUAACAAUGGCAAGUUCUACGUGGGCGUCUGUGCGUUUGUGAGAGUCCAGCUGAAGGUGAGGGUGAUGGAGGGGACAUGCUGCCUGCAGGCACGGGGCAGGUGGGAGAGUGAGCAGGAUGGUUCGUAUCACGAGGACGUGGGCUAUGGUGUUAGCGAGGGCCUCAAGUCCAAAGCCUUGUCUUUGGAGAAGGCGAGGAAGGAGGCAGUGACCGAUGGGCUGAAGCGAGCACUGAGAAGUUUCGGGAAUGCACUUGGGAAUUGUAUUCUGGACAAAGACUACCUGAGGUCGCUAAACAAGCUCCCACACCAGCUGCCUCUUGAAGUGGAUUUAACUAAAGCAAAGAGACAAGACUUUGAACCAUGUGUGGAACAAGCCAGAUACAGCAGCUGCCGACGGAACCCGACUCUGGGACCCCCCAGACCACAGGAGGUGACGUCUCCUCGCAGACCAAGCCACCACGUUGUGAUGCAGGGGAUGCGGACAGCGGCUCCGGGUGCGGGCUGCGUGCCCUCCCCGCCCCUGCUCCUUCCCAGAAGCCCGACCUCCGCUGCCACAGAGAGCGAUGCCACGUACCAGCGGAAGCUCCGGCAAAGACAGCUGCAGCAGCGGUUCCGGGAGCAGAUGGAGAAACAGCAGCAGGAACCCCCGUCUGGCCCACCUGCCGAGAAGCAGGGUCCUGCAGCGCUGCCACCGGUGCCACCUGCCGGAACUGCUGCUUCAGAGCCGCUCACCCAGACAGACGUGCUUCCAGCACCUCGUUUGUUGAUGCUGCAUUUGCUUGUGACCUCUGUCCUUGCAGACAGUCUUGAAAUGUGGGACAUGGCUCUAGAUGCAGGGGACAGUGUGGUCAAGCCCUUGUCUAAACCAGAACCGCCACAGGCCCCUGCCACCUCCGUCCUGCAGAACGAGAUGGAGACCUGGAACAGGACCCCACAGAGCCUUUGCCACCAGAAUCCACAGGCAAAAUCUGGACCCUGGCACCUUCAAACUUACAACCUUAACCAACACAUAACAGGAGACUAUGAUUCAUAUAGGAAGAACCAGGACACGAAGAAAAGGAAAUUGGAUUCAUCUUGACCAAGGCUCCGUUCACCUCACUGGAUUCUGUCACAAAGGGACUUUCAGAAACUGCUUGUUGGUCAUGAAAUGACUCAUCAUUCCUAGGGAAUGAGCUUUACCUCCGGGGAUUUACCUUGCUUCAUGCUCAACUUCACCAGAGGAUUUCACUAUUGGAACCUGACGCAGAUCAAGCUGGGCAGGUUGGGAAGCCCUGCGGAGAUUAAACAAACACACACCUUUUCUUUGGCUCUUCACUAUUUAUUCCUAAGCUUUCAUGUUAAUAAAGGCAGAAAUUCUAGGAAUCUCAGUGGCCACUUUCCCCACGCACCAACCUCGACAGCGGCCUGCGGUAUGUCACUGUGUGACCUCUGACCCCUUUCGCUGCCACUCAUCUACAACCAUCUGUCACUUAUAGGCGCAUCAUGAAACUACCUCCAUUUUUUCCUAAUAAGGAAAUAAUCUAAGACCAAAGAAAAGGCAUUUUAAGAAAGCGAAAUAAAAUCCUACUUUGUAACAAAA